AUGAAUGGCAACUGGCAUAAUGGCAACGGAGGUGGGCUCCCGUACAGAAGGCCUCCUCCCACAGUGGACGAGGCCCUUCCGUAUUCGCCCUUUACCUCCAUCAUCCCCUUCUCGCCUGAAAUAAUUCCAUUCCCAACCGCCGAACCUCCCACUCCGCCCUCUACCCUGAACCCUGAGCAACAGAAAGCGGCGAAGAAGGCUGUGGGAAUCUUGAACGCAGAGAUCGAGGGCCAGUCCACAGCCCAGCAUCUACACGAUACCCUCAAUCAGCUUCGUAACCUCCUGCUUCGCGACAAGCUACCAGAGUAUCACUUCAAGCCCAUGCCACUGCUUGCGACCCCUUCACCAGACAGCCCUACCAAGAACUCUAAUGGUGAUACGCCCAAUGCCAUAUCUGGGCUGAGUCCAUUUGCGCGCAAGCUCUAUGAACAAACGAAUGUAGCCUUCACGGCACCGAGUGUCAAGCCACCCGAACAACCUCGAAAAGAACACGCUCCUUCCCGAAACACUGUUACUCCUUCUCUUCCUCCACAACAGGCUCACCUAGCAGCCCCACCGCCACCAGCCACCAGCCCCAACGGCCAUGCCCACGCACACAACGCGGACUUGCCAUAUCCCUCGAGUGCUCUAUCUUCCGCUCCCAGCAGCACACCCGUACGCCCCCCUGGCCCGGCCGUCAUGAUAAAGCCAAAGGCAGUCGCACGCGGGGACUACAAGUACAUUGACAACAUCAACGUUGGAAGUUUAUCACAAAAGAAGGAGGACAACAGAGUCGAGAGCGGCGUCACGGUGUUGAGACCGCACGAACGAGAGAUUGCCGACGGCAAGAUUGAGGCGCUGGAAUCUUUCGUCACAACUUUGACUGAAGACAAGGAUGAUCUGGACGGCUCACUGCAUUUCACCAAAGUCAUGACUUCUGACGGCGAAUUCAGCAUCCUGAAGCACCGGGCAAUGGAAACUCUUUCCGAGAAGAUGUCUGGUGUAGUCGGCCUUGGUCGCUUCAACGUGCUUUCCGUAGAUCUGGCCAUGCAGAUACAAUCACUCCUGCAUCCGGCUGUCGUGUCUACGACCAAGAAUGGACUCUUUCCCCGGGAUGAGGGUAACUCAGAGCUUGUGGAGAAUGUCGCAACAGCCAAGUUUGCACUAAAAUCAUCCAAACUUUUGCUGGAAACCAUGAUCGAGGGCCGUGACGACUACCGAAUGCGACGAGAGGACAUCAUCGACACCGUCAUUGAUCUUACGAAGCUGAUCAAGGACUCGUGCAUCAUUCCUAUCGUUCAAUCACGGCGUUCUGGCGAGGCUCAAGAUUUGUUCAAUGCGGCAUCAGCUUACAGACAAGAGUUACAGGUGGUGUUACGACUGUGUGGAGCUGUUCUUGCCCGGUUUGCUACUCUCAUCGGCAAAUACAACCUGCCAGACCGAGCACUCAACACCUUGGAGUAUCUGACGCUGGAGUUACUGGUGGAGCAGAACAGCGAAAGCGAAAGAGACUCUGUGUUUACCAUCAAGAAGUUUGAACAUUUCCGCCAGAAAGCUAUGGAUGUUCUUGCCCAGAUUUUCGCUCGCCAUCCAGGCCAACGACGAUCCAUUGUGAAUGGUAUCCUCGGCAACCUGGAAAAGCUGCCCGAUAAGAAAGCGAGCGCGAGGCAGUUUUUGUCGGCUCGAGAAGUUCCUAUCAUGACAAUAUCUGCACUGUUCAUGCGAUUCGUUCAGGUUGUCGCAACAAAUCCGACCACUCGUACUGCGUCACAGGCAGACAACGUGCUUGCGAACAUGGCCGAGGACGAUGUUAGCGACUACGAGCCUGGUCAAGCACCCCUCAAGAACUCAAAAAGAGCAAACGGAAGCGAAUCGCCUGCGAUAAAAGCUCAGAGACUAAGCACGGAGGCUGCCGCUGAAGCGUCAUACAUCGUGAAGGAACUUUGUGACAAAGCAUCGAACACUUCUAAAUCGGGCGACAAACCAUUUCGCAAUCUUCUGGACUUGUUCAUAGAUGACUUCUGUAACGUCCUUGGUUCUCCCCAAUGGCCAGCUGCUGUUGUUCUCUUACAGAUGUUCUUAGUCCGUAUGCGAACCAUACUCGUGGAUGAUCAGGGGACCAAGCACUCUGUAGUGGACAAAGACAUGGCGCUCACAACCAUGGCGACGAUCGGAUGCGGCGUUAUCGACUUUAGAGAUCAACUUAAAAAGAUGAGGCAAAGGCUGGAUAUCUCACAGUCAGAUUUGUCGUCAGGACUAGAUCGUCUCGUGAGCGAUGCCUUGAGUGAAGACAUCAGAGAGAGGGUCAACGAUGUGGAUUUACUGGCAUUCGAUGGCCCUUACCGCAUGGUUCUUGAAUCUUUGGUCGGCUACCUCGAUCUGCAACCUUCUCAAGAAGACCCGCAUCUACAAGCUGCGACUGGCUUUUAUGUCAGUUCGUGGCUGACGGCUGUCGUCAAGACAUUUCCCGAGCGAGAUGAGGGCAAUAGGCCUCAAGCUAUCGCGGCUGUUCAGCGAUGUUUGGAAAGCAUGAUUGCGGACCCGAAGUGGCUCGCUCAAAAAUACAAAUUCCAGUCUGUGUCGGAUGAUCAGAGCAAGCUAGCUGCUGGUGUCAUCACUUUACAAAGCCAGGUGUGCAGAUACCUCUCGCAGAUUGUCAAUCACAUGCAGAUUUACGCCCGGGACAAGAGUUCCUCGAAGCUCCGCACAAGAGGAACAGCAGGACUGCAACAGCUGCUGGACAAAGACUCAAGGGUUAUCUCUGACGAACAUAUCAUCAACAUGAUUCCAUCACUAAGAGAUAGUUCACCAAUGGUUCGAGAGGCGACACUAUCGCUUCUUUCGAACUGCCUGGCUAAGGAAUCAUCUCUCGAACGACAUGUUCUGCCACAAAUUUUGGAGAUGACUACCGAUCCUUCAAAUGGUCCCAAGAAGAAGGCUAUCAAAUUGCUCAAAGAGAUAUACCUCCGCUCCGAUUCGAAGCAGGUGAGGCUGAAGAUCGCUGGUCCGCUACUUCUACCUUCGCAGGACAAUGAGAACGCUAUCUCUGAGUUGGGUCGCAACGUGCUCGAAGAGAUAUGGUUAACGGCUGAAAAGACCGAUGACAGUCAGCACAGGCUCAAUCGUGCCCAGCGAGCCGUCUUCAUGGUAGAUCUCUUGGAGUCUGUCGAGAAAAGCUCCGCACACCUAGAAGCUUUCGAGAAAUUCUUUGUUCACUGCCUAUCACCCGAAGCCAAGGGUCCGGCUGCCAACCUCAAGAUCUGUGGACAGCUGGUUGCGGACUUGGUAGACGAAGUCAUUGAUCCUGAGAAUGGCACAGACACCAAGUCCCAAGCACGUGUCAUGAACACACUCAGCGUCUUCGCAAAAGUCAGGCCGACCUUGUUCACGGUCGACUAUCUGCGGCACCUAAAGCUCUACAUCAAGAUUAUCGGCACCAAUGAGGACGUAGCCCUUGUGCGGCCGACAGUCGUCAUCUUCCGGCAUGUCCUGCCGACACUUCCUCCUCUUCAACAUGCUUUUGCAGAAGAGAUUCGACUAAGUUUGUUGAAAAACGUUCCAAAGCUGGCUAGCUGCGUAUCCAUGGCUUGGCCCAGAAGCAGAGAGACGCUUCUUGAUGUCGUUCACUGCCUGUGGGCCAUCAGCAAGAUGCCAGGUAUGGACGCUGACAAAAUCUUUGGCACAGUUUGCUCAGUCAUCUUAAAUCUCCGGCCAUUCCUAGGUUCAACUAAGGAACAGGCAGCGGCUAAUCGUAAACGCAUCCUUCCCUACCUGAUAUUGCUUGGCACAUUCGGCCAGGUAUGCAGCUUUGACCAACAGGCUGAAUCAUUCAUUGCCAAGCUUCGCACUUCCAUCAGUAGCAAUGAAACGAUAAAGAGGCAGAUGGAGCCGAUGUUGAACCAGAAGAACCCUCCCCCUCCCUCUCUUAUACUGUUAGACACCGUUCGACCUUUCACUAUGCAGACUUGGGAGCUAGAGUUUCGCGAGCAAGCCUUGCAAAGCAUGGGUGGCAUAUGCCAGCAGUCGCCAGAGCAUUUUAUGCGUGGUGAAGUGGAAAAGGUGGUCAAGCUUGUGUUUGUCAACGAGGGAAAUGACUCUCUCAAGUAUAUUGCAUUGUCUUUCUUUAGACAAUUCUUUUCCGUCGCUGAGCGGCGCUCUGAGACCGGCGCGCAGAUUGCAACAGGCAAAGGAGCUGCCAAUGGUUCUGCACGCUUGGAAACAUCCUUUACCGCUACAGGAAACGACCAUGCCACGUUGCAUCUGGCGCAGAAGUUCCUGGAAUACUUUGUGAAAGCUGCGUUGGAAAACAAAAACGAUUCUGCUGUUAUUGCCACAGACAUCAUUGCCAGUAUCAGUCGGCAAGGUCUUGUCCACCCGAAGGAAUGCGGUGCUGCGCUUGUCGCCCUGGCGACCUCACCGAACCCAAACUUGGCUCGAGUUGCAGCGGAUGAGCACAGGCGCAUACACGAGAAGCAAGAGUCGUACCUGGAAAAGGAGUACAUGCAGGCUAUACACAUGGCUUUCAAGUACCAACUGAACAUGUUUAGCGAUUCUCAUGGCAUGGUCGAAGCCACUUACACCCCGAAGCUUGCAAAGCUGUUCGAGGCACUGAAAACGGGCAAAAAAGCCAGUCUUAAAAAGUUCAUUACCAACUUUUGUAAACAGGUUGAUUUCGACCUUGCCAAACUGGAUAUCAGUGGUGCCGUACCUGAGCCCGUCUUGUAUGCUCGCUUCUGCUUGGAAAACCUCGCCUUGCUCGACUUUCCCCAUCAAGAAGAGCUUGCUGUGUUCCUCAAUGCAGUUGAAGCCAUGGUCCUCAACACGACAGGGCCCGCUAUCGGAGUUGUCAUCGCGGACGAACUUCCAAAGCAAUAUAUGGAUGUGGCGCAACCUUUGCCUCAAGACAUGUUCCAACAACAAAUGCUAGAAGCUCGUGGUAUAAGCCCGAUGUCACCCAUGCUACCAGCUGGGAUAUCGACAGCGCCUCGACUUGUUCCUCCAGCAAUUGACAAUAGCAGACUUCGCCAGGUUACCACAGCUUGUAUGAUCCUGCAGAUGGUAUGGGAGACCCGCACUUUUGUUCGACGAUGCUACUCCGUCAAGAGUAACGCACCCAUCUCGCAAAAAGAUUACGCCAAACCUGCGCAUCGGAACAAUCUCGUUACCGGCAAGGAAAUUUGGGAACGCUUCGAAACGAUCAUGCGCGCGCUUGAUAGCCGCGAGAGCAUGGUGAAACAGUGCUACGACUUUGCAGAUUUGCUGGACGUAGAUCGUGAGACCUUCAUUGAUGCCGAAGGAGACGAUGCACUUGGUGGAGGGUACGAGACGCCGAAUGAAAACGGUGAGGACGGCACGCCGUUACCUACGAGCGGUCGCGGCAGGAAGAGGAAGAGCAAUGUGAGCCUAGGCAAUACACCAAAGAAGGCAAGGGGAAGGCUUUCUGGAUCGAAAAAGAAGCGUAAUUCUAGGACACCGGAUGGCGAUGGCGACUCAGACUAG